GUAUUAUAUAUUUAGCCUGUGCUUUGUAAAGUGUACAGUGUCUGAUACUUUGAUAGUGGUGUUUGUCGCUGUCUGUAAUUAAGAUUAUAAUUAACGAUGCCGUUAGAAAACUUAGAGGAAGAGGGUUUGGAAAAAAAUCCGAAUUUGGAGCUGGCUCAGACUAAAUUUUUAUUGAGCCUGCCGGAACACAAGGAUGAUCCAUUUUUGAAGAACAAAUUGUUAGAUGCCAUUAAAGCAGAAAAUAUGGCCCCAUUUUACAAAGAAGUUUGCAAAGAUUUGGAUUGGCCAAUCGACGAAGAACUUUUAUCCGCUAUGAAGGUAAAAAAUAUGGAACAGUUGAAAAAAUUGGAUGACGCGAUCGAAGAUGCAGAGAAGAAUUUGGGUGAAAUGGAAGUUCGUGAAGCUAAUCUUAAAAAAUCUGAACAUCUUUGUAGAAUAGGUGAUAAAGAAGGUGCCAUUUCUGCGUUUAGAAAAACUUACGAUAAAACUGUGUCCUUAGGGCAUAGGUUAGAUAUUGUUUUUCAUAAUAUUAGAAUUGGGUUAUUUUAUUUGGAUCAUGAUCAUAUUACUAGAAACAUUGAGAAGGCUAAAAGUCUGAUAGAAGAAGGCGGAGAUUGGGAUAGACGAAAUCGUUUAAAAGUAUAUCAAGGAACGUAUUGCAUAGCAGUACGCGAUUUUAAGGAAGCUGCAAAUUUCUUUCUUGACACCAUUAGUACAUUUACGAGCUACGAGCUUAUGGAUUACAAUACAUUUGUCAGAUAUACAGUAUAUUUAAGCAUGAUAAGUUUACCUAGAAACGAACUUAGAGAUAAAAUUAUCAAAGGUUCAGAAAUUUUGGAAGUACUUCACAGCAAUCCAGAUGUUAAGGAUUAUUUAUUUUCUCUAUACAACUGCCACUAUGCUGAUUUCUUUAAAAAUCUUGCACAUGUAGAAGGUUUAUUACGUCGAGAUUAUUUAAUAUUUCCUCAUUAUCGGUAUUAUGUUAGAGAAAUGCGUAUUCUUGCGUACACGCAGCUUCUGGAAUCCUACAGGUCUUUGACUCUUCAAUACAUGGCAGAAGCGUUUGGUGUUACACUCGAAUAUAUCGAUCAAGAGAUAUCGCGUUUCAUUGCAGCAGGAAGAUUACAUUGCAAAGUUGACCGUGUUGGAGGUGUAGUUGAAACUAAUAGGCCAGACAGUAAAAAUUGGCAGUAUCAAGCUAUGGUCAAACAAGGAGAUCUAUUACUUAAUAGGGUGCAGAAAUUGUCGCGUGUUAUUAAUAUUUAAUUAUACGAAAAAUAAACUAUAAUGAUUUAAUAUAAAAUUUUGAAACGUA